AGGGGACAGGAGGAAGGAGAGAGACGGAGGGAGAGAGCGACGUGCUACGACAUGUGUCCGUGCUGAAGUAUCGUGUAUCCCCGACCCGUGUGCCGACGUACGAGGGUGCGCCUUGAGGCAAGGGUGACCGGCUCUCCGCGCGGGAGAGGGGGCACGGGUGAGAGACGGACGGGGAGAAGGAUAGAGGGAAAAAUUGUCGUCGUCCCCUUCGUGCCGUUCCUUCUUCGGGGGCUCUCUCUCUCUCGCGCGCGCCGCCGUCGUCUACGCGGGACCACCGAUGCAGACCUUACGGAAAAAAAACAGUCCGUGCAAGUUCAAGAAUGACCCAACCCGCUUUCUUGGGGAGGGCGUGUCGUUCAAGGCGAAGCUGAUCGGUAUUCUAGAGGUGUCGGAAGCGCGCGGUGACCGGAUGUGCCAGGCGGCCUUGGCUGACCUGAAGAUGGCGAUUCGCGCCGCCGGCGAGCACAAGCAACGAAUCGCCGUUCAGGUCAGCAUAGACGGGCUCCGUUUGAGGGACGAGAAGACGGGGGACUGUCUGUACCAUCAUCCGGUGCACAAGAUAUCAUUUAUCGCCCAAGAUAUGAGCGACUCGAGGGCCUUCGGUUAUAUCUUCGGGUCACCGGAUACCGGACAUCGAUUCUUCGGCAUUAAGACUGAUAAGGCGGCGAGUCAGGUGGUGAUAGCGAUGCGGGACUUGUUCCAAGUAGUGUUCGAGCUGAAGAAGAAGGAAAUCGAACUGGCGAAACAGCACAUAGAGCAGAAUGCCAUUAAUGCGAUUAAAUUCCACACCGGCGGUAUUUUCGUUGAGUCGGCACCCGACACCAAGGGCGCAGCGGGCACCGAGUCGUCGUUUCAUCGAAUUCGCACAACUAACUGCGAGGUCGACAAAACCGCCGAUCGCAAGAACGAGACACAGAGCGGUGUGAUUGCGGAUUUGCUAGAUCUGCAGUUCGAACUGAAUUCGCUGCAACAGGGCAUUCAUCAGAUGGACAAAAUUACGCCGGAAAAUCCCGUACCGUCUACCGACGAUCUAUUCGAGACCGAUCCGUUCGGUGAUUCUUUCGCGAACAUGAAGCUGCAGGACACAGUUCGUCCGAUUCUGCCACCGCCACCCUCCUCGACAAAGAGGGGACAUUUAGAGCGACAGCAUACUGUACCAGCACCGCCCGCAUCGACCACUUCCAGUCCGGCGACGACGUUAGUUAGUAAAACACCACCACCACAAAGUACGAUUCAUUGGUUUGACAAGGAGACCGAGGAUCUCUUCAACGACGAGAUAGCGAGUCUGAGUAACAGUUCGGCGGCGAAGAAGGACCAGGAAGACAGCUCGGCGGAGACCACACCUCGCAAUACUCAGACAAAGAGUCCGCAGAUUGACGUGUUCACGGAGCUGGAUCCCCUGGGGACCGGUCUGAUCAAGCCUUACGUGGACAAGAAAGAUUUCUUCCAGCACUUGAAAAACCCACCGAAAAAAGUCCUCAAGGAUCUGGUGUCCACGAGUUCCAGCGAUAGCUUCCCGACGAACUUCAACAUCACGACCAGCUCAGAGUGCGUGGAGUCGACGAAAACGCAGACCGAGUUGUCGUCGAGGGACAGCGAGGACAGCAACUUCGCCAACUUCGAUCGAUUCGACGAGAACGAGGCGAGCCAAACCACUCAGCAAAGAGUCGACUCGCCGCCGAGGAAAGAGACGGCCUCUCGGUCGAUCCAUCAUCAGCCUCUCUCGGUGUCCUUGCCGCCGGAGGAGACGGUUAAAGGGACGAGUACCGCGUCGGGAGGAAGCUCGAUCCUUCGCAGCAUGGACAGAGACUCGACGGAGUCGAAUCAGGGGCUGGUGAAACUACCGAGCCCGAAGAAGUAUCUUCAAUCAGUACGGAAGAAGGACUUCGACAUCGACUUGCCGGCCGGAAAGGCGCAAUCUGUGGAGGCCAACAAGCAGUUCCCGGUGGAUUUCUCGGUGACGAACGAAUCGCCGGCAUCGCCACUGCGAUCUUGCUCGUCGGACGCUAAUUCGCGCCUUUCUAGCUCGAGCGCGGAAUUGGAUCUAGUGCCGGAACCGCCGCCCAGGGGCGCGGGAAGCAUUCUCAUCAACCCGCCGCCCUUACCGCCGAAGAAGCAGGGGGCUCGAGGGGGCGCGAGACCACCGCCCAGACCGCCGCACACGGAGGGCCAUUUCCAGUACGACUUUCCACAGCGCGAGGCUUCGCCGUCACCUACCAAGAUCGUCAGGGAUAAAAAUAAAAGCCCGCCGAGAGACACCAGGGGUCAUCAGUUCGACGAUAAUUUCAGUCCGCCUCCGCAGAUAUCCGGCAGAUCGGACUUUACGACGACCACUGCCUCCGCCUUCGAGGAUUCUUUCAGCACGAUGAUAUCAUCCACGACGUCGUUGUCACCCGUGUCCUUUACCAGCAGCACCACCAUCCCGGCCGCGGACUCCAAAAAGACGAAGCCGUCGCUCGACAUCACGCUCAGUCAACUGACGUCGUCGUGGACCAAUUUGGACGACUUGGCAUCUAGCCUCGGCAUAACCGUCCAGCAGUUGACAGGUCUGACUUUGACGCAGCUCACGCAAUGUUUGGCGAGUCUGUCGACGAAGGAAACCGCCGUCAGCAACGUAGAGGAGACUAUCGUUUCGCCAAUAACAGCAGCAUCGGCAACGAUGAAAGAGCAAACGGUGCACAAAUCGACGAUCUCGUCGUUGGCGUCGUUGGCGUCAAAGCCGCUCGAGACGUCGCUCGAGGCGACGAUCGAGUCGAGUUCGACCUCAUUUGUGUGCUCGGAGACUUUCAAGACUAGUUACGAAUCGGAAACGAAACAGGAUUCUACAUACGAUAAAUAUGCAGUUUUUCGGGAAUUGCUGGAGAUGGAACAGAUGGAACGAAGACAAGAGACAAGCGACGAAGCAAUUGAGAAGGAAGAAGCGCUUGACAGAGAAGCUCCCGACGAAACAACGAUUCCGCCGGAAGUGCAGACCAGCGAGGGUACUUCGAAUUCUCUAGCUUCGUUGGUGAAUCUGACCGUCAAGCUACCGGUCAAGCAUGAAAAUUUGUUGACAGACGAAUCCGCCGCGAUGCUGGACGAAACGAUGACUAGCUCUCUCGCGGAUUUAACGAUGGAGAAGAAAAAGUCGGUGGAAGUCGAGGACAAAGAGGUCGAGAGGGAAAGCGACGUGAUGGCAGAUGCGGAUGUCACAUCCGACUCGUCCACGGUCCAGCAGACGGAGAUAGACAUCGAGGACGACACGGAGAAGACGCAGACUAUCAUGGACGCGGAGGAGAGGGCGGAGAACUCCGAGAGAGGAAGCGACGCCAAUGGCACCUCGUCCGACAAGGUUGGCUCUGACAUUCUCAACGAUGAGACGAACGACUCGUCCGUGGCCGACAGAUCCUCGACGGAGGUGAAAUCUUCGAUCUCGACGUCCAGCGACAGAUACGCUGCUCUGCGGGAGAUAAUCGGCGAGCCGGAGCCGGUGCCGAUUAGGAGGGACGACGAGGAGACGGUGAGCUCCGCCCGUGCGUCGCCGGUGGUGCAAUCUCAGCAACAGAUUCAGCAAUCGAGAAGUCUGGCUGAGGUGGAAUUGCUGAAUCUGUUCUCCGACAACUUGCCGCCACCGUCGAGCCCGAAUAUCUCGGCUAAGAAGGUCUCGGAGGAUCUGAAGGCCGUGGCGAUGGACAUCUUCGAGGAGAUCAAGAUGCUGAACACCGGCAUGCACCGCGACAAGGAGACCAAGCCACUAGCCUCGUCCUCGGGCUUUGAGGAUAUGUUCUGCCCGUUCGCGGAGACGGCGCGAUCGGACAAGGAUGACAGCAAGGAGGACAGCAAUUGGGCCAAGUUCGACACGGGUAUCUUCGGCUCGUCCGACAGAUCUUCGUGCGAGGGGCAGCGAUCGAUAGGCGGCACUUCGCCGUGGUCGCCGGACGGCAAAGAUUUCCACAGGGAGAUUCCGUUCAAGGGAAGCGGCGGUUAUCGACACUCGGGCGACAGCGACAACGAAUGGAAGGACGAGGAGGAGAGCGAGGAGAGCAACGGCAGGAUACGAGGGGACGGCAGAUACUGGUCCGGCACUCGGCAUCCGCGAUUCGAUGCGCCUGGCUUCGAGGACAGGUCGUAUUACGAGGAUGCUGACAAGCGGGACCGCAGCAGCUUCCGCGACAGGAUGGGCAGGAAGUCGCGCGGCGUACCGUGGGCCAAGAGUGGCGGCGCUCAUCGGCCACGCGACCCGUCGCCCUGGCACGAGGAGGGCCAGUGGGAAGACGAGGGUCCGCGGCGGUACCCGCAUCGGAAAGCGCAGCCCUACAAGGACGAGGAGGAGCAGUACGAGACGCACUGGAAGUGUCGGUCGAAGCCACCGCCGCCGCAGCGGUGUAACUGGAGCCACGACGUUCACGGUUCGUACUACGACGACGAGCGUAAACGGAAGCUGAUGCUGUGGAACGAAGAAGACCGCUUUGGCAGCAGCCAGGAGAGCAUGGGCUACGACGAGGAGGACCGGUGGAGCAGAAGACGGUACGAGAGAAGACGAUGGGAGGAAGAUAACAGAUUCUGGGGUAGAAGAGGGCCGCCGGACGCCGAUUAUUCCAUGAGAGAGGCGUAUUACUAUUAUCGCGACAGCAGGGACAGACCUCACGACUAUCCGUCCUGGGACGAGGAGUACGGCCCGGAGCGUCCGGGCGACGACUCGCCCAGAUACAAUCCGGCGGGUAGGAAGAGACACUGGCCGAAGAGACCCAACAGCGCCAACGACGGACGUAACGAUAUGGUGUACGCGGAUCCGCGCAAAUUCGGCGCCUCCAGAUCCGAGUGUAGCGACAACGAUUCCGAUCCGUACCUGCGACCAUCCCAGCGGUCCAGGAGCCGCGAGAGCUACUGGGGCAGCGAUCAAGAGUACGACAGCUGGGUGGAGCGGCCGUACUGGUCCGAGGGUCCCGACUCCAAGAGCGAGACGAUGCAUCGUAAACGAAUAGCCAGGCACAAGACUCGGCAGGUGCAAAAGACGCAGAGUCCGUUCGAGGAUGAUUUUGCGCAGAGCGUCGAGCAUAUGGAAGCGUCCGGGUCGAGCGGCGCGGCAGAACCGCUCGCGCCGCUGGAUGCGCGCGUGCGACCGGACACGGCUGAUCAGAAGCGAGAACCGCCGCUCGCGAGUCCCUCGUCCGGUGUCAGAGGCCUCAAGGAUCAUCCCAGGCGGGACAUUCCCAUCCGGGAGUACAGCAAACGGUCGAGCUACUUCGAGGACGAUCUCACGCCCACGGCGAGCGCGUCCAGCGACGCGUCCGACCGACAGAGGUUGUCGUCCGAGCUCAAGGCCACGCCGGAGGAACUGCCGUGCGACGCCAAAGAUCCGCAGCAGCCCAUCGACGGCUUCGUCUCCGAGGAUAGCGGCCGCGAUUCAUUCUUCAACGGCGACCUGAGGUUCGACGACGACGCCUUCGUCUUCAAGUCCGAGCUGGACGACAAUGUGCCGGAUCAUCGCGCCACUACGUUGCCGCUCAAGAAUUCCAGGCAGGGAAAGUACGGGCCGGGGAACAACAAUAACAAUAACAAGACGGCCAGGGGCGACCAGUACAUACGGAAGUCGGAGUCGGUGAAUAUCUUCGCGAGGGAGAGCGACCCGUUCGACGGAGACGAUUUCUUCAAUUGAUCCGUCGAACGAUCGACGACAGUAAGAGUCGCGAGAACCCCGCGCUAAAUUCGGUGACACUGAUGUGGACUAGAUAAUUGGAACUUGAACAAGAAAAAAGAGGGAAAGAGAGAAGAGAGAGAAGGAGAACAAAGGGACGGUUUUCAUUGCACACUCGGAAAACGUCGGCGGAUCGUGAAAAACGGUGGAAUCCGCGCAUACAACGAUACUUGGUUCUCCUCUAGUCGGCUGUAGCAAAUUUUAACGUAGCCAAAUUGAAGAAAGAGCUUUGAAAGAGCUUGAAUCUCGAACAUAUCCGAAAAAAUUGUUGUCCAUAGCGAUUUUUUUGCUGAGCUUCUCUCGUGAAUUUCACGAAAUUCUUUCCAAAAUCUGUUCUUGUCCACUUGGCAGAGUGCAAUUCUUCGUUACGCGACUAACAGAUUUUCUUGUAUCUUAUCUUACUCAUUAAUUUACAACGUGCCAUACUUUCCGACAGAUUUGGUUCGUCGCAAUCAAACAGAUUGACUCGUUUCGAAACAGAGGCUGAAAUGCGCUUAUCCGAAAAUUAACGACUCUAUGUUUUAUUUGGAAAUUUCGAUAAAGGAAUUUCAAGGCACAAUAAUUCCACAAGAAGCUAGUCACUAUCCUAACGAAUUUGUAUAUACCUAAUAUUGAUGUGUUAGAAUCGAUUUGCCGAGAGAGAUAAAGAGAAAGAUCAGCGUAAUUUAAUACAUUUAUGUACCGAAUAAUUGUUGAACAUCGUUUUACGUAUUUAUUUGUAUACUCAAUUUAUUUGCCAUACCGCAAGUAUUUGUGCAUACGCUGUUUAACUCAAUUUGUUUUAAGAGGAACGACUCUAGUCACGUGUGCGUAACCGUUGCAUCUGGGAGCUUCGAGAGAGGAGAAACCGAUAGCGCGCGUUUUGGGAAGUAAUCAAAAUGGUUUUUAUACAUUUUUAACUAGCACGAAUCAAUUACUUUGCAUUAGGCGUUCGUACAUCGUCGACGACGACGAUCCUUCUGCAAGCUCCCCUCCGAUUUGCCAUUCGGUUACGCUGCUGAUAAAUUGCUCUCAUGUGUGAGAAAUACGAAGGGUGGUAGAAUUAUAUUUACACAGACGAGAUUAUUGCCUUAUGUUCGUCGUACCUUUAAUAUUUUAGUGUGUGCGAAACUGGCUCGAGUAUGAAACGUUCGCGCAUUGUUUGAUGCGUAUAAAGUCGGAUUGCGAAAAGUUUCUUUGAAAAAUACAAACCGGACCAUUUCGCUCUCUAAUUUCUCGACGUUAUCAAUUAUUUUGUUGUAAGUAAGAAAUAAAUAUAGUAUUGAGAGGGAAUAAUGUAAUUUUCCAAGUUACACAAUCCAAGCUUAACAGUCAACGUUAAAUAUUUCUAGGGGGGUGACUUGUGAAAAAUUGCAGACAGUAUCGUCCAGCACGUAAUAUUUCUUUCCUAUUUAACACAGAAGAUUAUUCCCAAUGGCUUAAAAUAUUCUCGAAGCUGUUUAUGGGAAAAAUUUUCAUGGAGGCGAGGCAAACUGUAAAAGGAACGAUAAACGAGAAUUUUUUACUUCGAGCUAAAAAUAAUGUGCGCCGCUACGUUUCUUUUCUGUCCAAUUCGAUCUUACGUACAAGGUGCACAGUCUAUCAAGAUUUACCGCAAAUUCUCUGCUAAUAUACUCGCAUGAUUUAUGUUGGAGAGUACUCCUACGCUACCACCGUAUUACAACGAUCACGCCGACAUUUUACACACUGUAUGUACUUAUGUAAUAAUAGUAGUAAAUUAUUUAUCACUCGUUUAAUGGUUACUCGACACUGUAUUGCGAGUAUGCGUCAGAAAUGAUAACGACAAUACCGCUUCAAUGGCAAUUCGAUUCCUUAUCCCCCCCUCCUCUUUAAAAGAUUUGUUAAUACGGCUGAUGAUCAAUUAUACAUAAUCAUGCAAAUUUA